CGUUGCGGUCACCCUGCGAUGUAACAAACUGCAUCUACAACCAUGGAUGUGCCCAAUCUGAUACAUCUGCCGUUAGAGAUAUUACUUCAGAUUGGCGGACAUGUACUAUCAAACAAUCCGUCGCACACCGGCCUGUCCAUCUGGCAUCGAUACCAAGGGUCCUUGGCGAGUCUCGUGCUAACAUGCAAAACACUCAACGUGACUUUCACACCACUAAUGUACAGAUACCCAGUCACGACAGCUCUGCCCAGAUUAGCACGGACGUUGAUUGAACGGCCUGAUCUGGCAGCUCUAGUAAAAAAUGCGCAGCUGAGACUCUAUCCAGGCCUGCCUGCUGUGAGAGGAGAAGACGGGACGAAGAGUUGGUGCAUUACACCAGAAGAUGCAGCCUGCUUGAACUUGCAAGCUAGGAAGAGUUUUGAGGCUGGUCAGGUUGAGCCUAUCGAAUCAAAGACUUUUAGCAAGAAGAAAACGUGGGAUCGGGGCUAUUAUCCAUCUCAUGAAUCUAGGAUGCUUAUCCGGCGGCUUCUACUUGACCAGUGCACAAAUGUUGAGAGAUUGGACAUCGAGCUGGAUAUAAAAGAUGAAGUUUUAUUCCCAACCGCGCCAAAAUUAUCCAAGCAGAGCCACGUAGAAGAAAUGGUAUUCAGGUGGCUCAGGGACCACUCUAACUACGAAGGCUCCAACGAUACAUAUUUGACGGACAGCCUAGGCACAUUUAUACGCAAGGCAAAAGCACUUCGGACGCUCUCAAUGCACAAACUCGCCACAUCCUACAUGCCACAUACAUUGCGAAGCACCAGCGUCACAGAAUUGGUCCUGCAGCAGUCUCUUAUGACCAGCAAUGUGCUGGAAGAUAUACUUGCCAGUUUUCCCUCACUGACAACGUUUCGAUACUUGCUGGAUUUGGAAGAUGUGUGGAUGCUCGACGGAAUGAUGAACGAUGCGGUAAUGCCGGAGGAGUUGGUGCGCAUACUGGAGUCUCACAGCGCCAAACAUCCCGAGUUCAAACUCCGCACCUUGUCGUUAACAUGGACAGACCAAGACAUGCGCAAUUUUUCAUUUAGCUCCAUGGGAGGGUACGCUGACGAAAGUGACAUUCCACGAGUAGCCAGUUUCCGAGGGCUCCAACACCUAGAGAAGGUCUGUUUGGGCGAGGCAGGGCAUGUUCUAGGCCCAGGUGCUACAGACGCGCAAUGGGCUUUCUUCUUUCCUGCAAGUGUUCAGGUUAUAGAGAUUGGCCUGCUCAGCAGGCUGCCCGACCUAUCACUGCUCUUGGGAGUUGCCCAUCGAUAUCCAAAUCUCAAAAGCUUUAAAUACGGCGGCUAUUUUCAUGAGUCGAAGGCUGCAGCAUUGCAGCUGCAGUUUAAAGCAAAGGGAAUCAAGCUUGAGUUUAAUGAAGAAAGACUGUUUCCCGAUUCGAUCGAGUUGGACUAUAGCGACGACGAGGCAGAGACUAGUGACGGCAAUACUGGGCAAGAUGAUAACCAUGAUGAUAAUGGCAAUGAGGCGGAGAGCAGUGACGGCAACACUGGGGAGGAGGAUGACCAUGAUCAUUAUAACGACGAUGAGGAAGACCAAGGAGUCAUCUCGGAUUCUUCGGUAAUUGAAAUGGACUAGCAUAUCACACCAAGUCACAU